UGCAGUGUGUACACACACACACACACACACACACACAACCCGGCUGCCGGCAAAGACCAGAUGGGGAAACGCUCUUCCUCCUCCUAAUUGUCCUCCAUCUCCGGCAGGGUGAAGAUUAGGGCGGCUGGAUUUAUGUUGAUUUUUUCUUUUUUUUCUUUUUUUCCCCUCCCCUAGCAUCCCUCCCACGCAUCCCUCCCAGCGCCAUCCCCCCCGCCAGCGCUGCGGGGUGCAGGGGGGGCACAGAGGGAGCUGAGGAGGAGGAGGAGGAGGAGGAUGCUCUGUGGGUACCCAGGAUUUGGGUGUUGAAGAGGGUUUCCAGCAGAGAGCCAUGCUCCACCUGGGCUCGGCGCGGCUUUCCCUGGAGCUGAUCGGUCUCUGCAUGAGCUUCUGGAACUGCAGGAUUAAUGGGAAGGCAAUGAAAGCGUAGCCAGCCCCCUCCCGUGGGCAGGGACCGAUGCUGUCUCUCCCCCCCACCCACCAUGGAGCUGGCUAACACCAAAGACUUCCAGUGGAAAACCCUGGCCCCGCUCCCCAGCCGUAGGGUCUACUCCACCUUGGUGGAAGCUGGUGGGCAAGUCUUUGCCAUCGGGGGCUGCGAUGACAACGGUGUCCCCAUGGACUGCUUCGAGGUCUACUCCCCCGAGGCCGACCAGUGGACCGCGCUGCCCCCCAUGCCCACGGCCCGGGCAGGGGUGGCCGUGGCCACUUUGGGCAAGAGGAUCAUGGUGAUAGGAGGGGUCGGAGUGAAUCAGAUGCCGCUGAAGAUAGUGGAGAUGUACAACAUAGAUGAGGGCAAGUGGAAGAAGAGGAACUCGCUGAGAGAGGCUGCCAUGGGCAUCUCGGUGACGGCGAAAGAAUACAGAGUGUAUGCGGCUGGUGGGAUGGGAUCUGACCUGAGGCCACACAACUACCUGCAGCACUACGACAUGCUCAAGGACAUCUGGGUGUCACUGGCAGCCAUGCCCACACCCAGGUACGCUGCCACCUCCUUCCUGAGAGGCACCAAGAUCUACGUGUUGGGUGGAAGGCAGUCCAAGUACGCUAUCAACGCCUUCGAGGUCUUCGACACAGAGACCAGGUCGUGGACCAAGUUUCCCAACAUCCCCAACAAAAGGGCCUUCUCCAGCUUCGUGCCCACAGAAGACAAACUCUUCAGUCUCGGGGGCCUGCGGCAGGGCCGGCUCUACCGGCAGCCCAAGUUCAUGAGGACCGUGGACAUGUUUGACAUGGAACAAGGUGGCUGGAUGAAGAUGGAGCGUUCCUUCUACUUGAAGAAAAGGCGAGCAGACUUUGUGGCUGGCUACCUGAAAGGCAGAGUCAUCGUGGCUGGGGGACUAGGAAACCAGCCCACCGUCCUGGAGUCUGUGGAGGCUUUCCACCCGGAGAAGAACAAGUGGGAGAGCUUGCCCCCCAUGCCCACCCCACGCUGCGCCUGCUCCAGCAUCGUGGUGCGGAACUGCCUGCUGGCCGUCGGCGGGGUGAGCCAGGGCCUGAGCGAUGCCGUGGAGGCCCUCUGCCUCUCCGAUUCCUAGCUGGCUCCUGCCUGGCAGAGGACUUUCCCCUCGUCACCCCCAGCGGUGGUGGUGGUGGUGGUGGUGGAGCUGGGCAGCCCCCGGCAGCGCUGGGGCUCGGUGGGCAGCUCGGUUCUGCUUGCCGGUAGCCAAACCCAGCCUUGCUCUGGAGCCCUCAGGAGCCUGCACGGAGGGAAAGGAGCACUUUGAUCCCCUCCAGUCGUUUUUCAGAGCUCUACGGGGAAACCCAGAUGAAGGAACUGCUCUCAGCGCUGGUGUGCCGUGUCUCCUGCUGCCAGGAAGGACUUUGGAGAUCAGGGCUUGGGCAAAUGUCUCCCUGUGGCCAUCCUGACCCGCUACCAAAGGCAACAGGUUCAGGCAGGUCAGUGGUUCAGGGGGAACUCUUGUGGUGUUGCCCUCUUCCAGCAUCCUGGGGUCUACGCGUGCUUCCCUGCACAGAUCCCUAUGGCUUGCAGCAAGGGAGACCCCUGCCCUGCAGCCAGAUUGGGGGGAUCAUUCUUCUGCCUUCAUAGCAAGGCUUUUCCUGCAAACCUGUAGCAUUUGAGUGUCGCUUUGGCAGAAGCUGGAGCCAGGGGCUGCCGGAGCUCCUGGGAGGGAUGAUCACCCAAGGGACUGUUUUGGUUAGAGGGAAGACCUUUUUAGCACAGAACUAGCACAGAUACUGCCUUUGCUGAGUUUCGUGCAGAGAUAGCCUCAAUCUACAGUGUUCCAACCUGGGUUUUAGCUCCUCUGAUGAUUUGGGGGUUUCUGUUCAGCCCUGGGAGACAGGAGCAAAGCUGAGUCCUGGAGGAGCAGUCUCACCCCGGGGCCGGGCAGGGGCUUUUGGCAAGGGAUGACCCUGGCUGUUGCCUUCUCUUGGGUUUUGUUCUUCCCGGGCAGUUUGGGGGGGGCUGUCCAAGCCGUGGGGUUACAAUUCUGGCUUGUAGCAGUCGCACCAUUAAAAAGCUUGUUUUUGGAGGA